AUCAGUGUCAAAAAAUAUUAGUCUCCAGACUCCAUCUUCCUCGCGCGCCAUUUAAAAAUGUUGCGGGAGCCAUCAAAGAUGGCUGCCUCGAACUCGUUAAAAGAAUGGGAAGACUUACGCAGAAAAGCUCGUCAAAUUGAAAACGAACUCGAUUUGAAGCUGGUUUCUUUCAGCAAGCUCGGCACUAGUUACAGUCAUCGAGAUGACAGUUCUGACAAAUCUCCGCUGUUGAAUAAUUCGUCGAGCGAACACAUGUUUCAAACAAUGUCCUUAGAAAUUGGAGAUUUACUGUCAAAGUUGACGGAAAUCAACGAUAAAAUGGUCGAGGUGACGUCGAACCUGAGUUUCUCUCAGCCGAGUGCCUCGCAAAUGCAUACACUGCAAAGACAUAGAGAUAUCUUGAAAGAUUACUCGCAAGAAUUUACCAAGACAAAGGCAAAUAUUGAAGCGUACAUUGAAAGAGAAGAGUUACUAGGAAGUGGUCGUUCCUCGUCUUCUGGCGUUCAUCGUAAAACCGAUCUCUAUCUUAAAGAAAAUGAACAUAUUCGAAAUUCUGAUCGCCUCGCCAAUGAAGCUAUCGGAAUUGCAAUGGCGACGAAGGAGAACAUGUCGAGGCAGCGAGGAGCACUUUAUCAAAUAUCAUCCAGGAUGGGAGGAAUAACUGGUCGCUUUCCCGCACUGAACAAUUUAAUGCAGAAAAUAAAUUUGAGAAAACGACGGGAUGCAAUAAUCGUGAGCGUGGUCAUAGCGGUUUGUCUGAUCUUGCUUAUUCUCUACGCUACAAGGUAGUUGUAUGUAUCGAAGCAUGAAAAUGGUCUCCAAGCUUUCACCCUCUGGAUUCAUUGGGGAUGCUGCAGGGUAUGUUGGUAUAUCAGGGUAAAAUGAUAGCUACUUGGGUAAAGAUUACCAUUGUAAUUGCAUUACCCACUGACCACCAUAGAGGCUCCUGUUCGAUCCUCAUAUUAGGUUAGAAUAAUAUUAGACAAUAAGAUUGAACAUGUGAUUUUGAUAUUCAAAAACAUCCUCCAAUUUGAAAUGAAAUAUUUUACUGUUAAAAAUGAUAAAGCGGAUAGAGGGGGAUUUGGGUAGCUUACAUUCAAAUGAACUCUAGGAAAAAGAUGUAAAUUUUAGAGUGAAAUAAAAGCACAGACUCUAAAGAAAU